AUGACUGCCAAUGUGGGCGGGUGGAGUGGUGGUGGUGGAGGAGGAGCGGGCUGUGGCGGCAGCGUGGCCGUGUGCCGGACGAGCGGGUCGCGGUGGACGCCGACGUCGGAGCAGCUCAAGAUACUGAAGGAGCUCUAUUACGGCUGCGGCAUCCGGUCGCCCAACUCGGAGCAGAUCCAGCGCAUCACCACCAUGCUGCGCCAGCACGGCAAGAUCGAGGGCAAGAACGUCUUCUACUGGUUCCAGAACCACAAGGCGCGAGAGCGGCAUAAGAGGCGACUCACCAACCUCGAUGUCAACACCUCCGCCGCCGACGCCAGCCACCUCGGUGUCCUCUCGGUGUCGCCUUCAGGCGCGGCCAUGGCGUCUCCCUCCUCCACCUUCGGCUUGUACACCGGCAAUGGCGGCGCCUCGGCUAUGCAGCUGGACACAAGUGCCGGUAGGGACAACACUGCCAUGGCCACGGAGACAUGCUUCCUGCAGGACUACAUGGGCGUGAGGAGCACGGGUGGUCACCAUGGCAGCACCGGCCCCACGUCGCAGUGGGAAUGCUUCUCGCCGUCGGCGGCGACGACGCUGGCGCCCGAGACACUGCCGCUCUUCCCCACCGGCGACAACACCCACCCGCGCCCGCGGCACGGAGGCCCAAGCGAAGCCAUCCGCGGCGGCAGCUACCUGCGCAACCUCCCGUACUGGGGUGACACUGCCACAACUGCCACUACCACUUCAGUUACAAUCCAGCAGCACCACCAGCUGCUGCAGCUGCCAGAGCAGUACAGCUUUUACAGCAACAGCCAGUUGCCCACCGGCCAAGAUGCAUCAGCAGCAGCAAGGGUAGGGGCGUCCUUGGAGCUCAGCCUCAGCUCCUGGUGCUCCCCUUACCCUGCACCUGCAGGGACCAUGUGA